AUGGGAGGAUUUGUUGUAACGUGUGUAGAUGGCCGACACAGAGACGCAGUUCGGGAAAUAUUUCCCAUUCUGAAAAUGGCUGCUUUUCAGGUGCAGAUCACAAAGGAGUUUAUACCAGAAAUUGUGAGCGCUGAGGACGUGCACAGCCAGCUCAAAAAGGAGAGAAAAGAGGCGAGGAUGCCAGAGUUUGUCCUUGUGGAGGAGAAGUCGGAGUCUGAGGUGCUGUUUAUCCGAAACAAUUCGGGCCUCGACGAAAUAGAAAUAUACAACAUGGUGGUGGAAAGCACCAAAAGGUCCGAGUGCAUACGAAGGAUUAUACCUGUCCUGUCCAUAUUUGUGCUGAGAACGGAAAACCUCGCCCGGGAGACGAAGAAGGCGUGCGACAAAAUAUCUGCGCAGGAGUCGUUCCGAAUAAGCCUGUCAAAAAGGCUGAGCUCGCGCCUGAGCAGCGAGCAAAUCAUCACGACUGUCGCCGAGGGCAUCCCCAGGAAGGUGGACUUGAAAAGCCCCGACAAGGUUGUGAUGGUCGAGGUGCUGAAGGACAUUUGCGCGAUAGGAACCCUGCGGCCGUGCCCUGGAAACUUCAACAUAACAAGGAAUCCUCGCCUGCAGUGA